AUGUUUGAUUUUUUCAAAUCUGAAACCAACAACAACAACGAGAACAACAAGAAACGAGGACGAGAAAACGAGAACGAGAACGAGAACACUUUUGAGAACAAGAAGACGAAGAUGGAGAUAAAAACAGAAGACUUUGGCAGUGGUGGUGCCGCGUUGUUAGGAGCGACGAAUGGAAUGAAUGGAGCGAUGGUAAUAAAUCCAGGAGAAAAAUCAAACACGUUGGGCGGGCAAACCGUCGGACACUACGCGAACAGAGACAUGCACCUGAGAAAGCAAGAGGAGGACGGGGAGUUGCAAUGGAAGGUGAUUAAAAACGAUGGGAACGAGCAACACUCGAUAUGGUUGAUUGCUUUGAAGAAUAUAUUUAGCAAACAGCUUCCGAACAUGCCGAAGGAGUACAUCGUUCGAUUGGUGUUCGAUCCGAGACAUCACUCGAUGUUGUGUUUGAAGAACGACGUGGUUAUUGGAGGGAUUACGUAUAGGCCUUUCUGGAGGCAAAACAUGUGCGAGAUUGCGUUUUGCGCUAUUUCUGCGAACGAGCAAGUGAAAGGGUACGGGACGAGGUUGAUGAAUCAUUUGAAGGAGUACGUGAAAGAAGAGGAGGACAUGACGCAUUUAAUCACGUUUGCGGAUAACAACGCGGUUGGUUAUUUUUCCAAGCAAGGUUUUACGAAAGAUAUUGUCAUGGAAAGAGAGAAAUGGGUCGGGUACAUCAAAGAAUACGACGGAGGGACGAUUAUGGAGUGCGCCUUAGAAGCGCAAAUUUCCUACGUCGAUUUUCCAAAGAAUAUUAGAGCGCAGAGAGAAUGCGUGGAGGCUAAAGUUAGAGAGAUGACCACCGCACACGUCGUGUACCCGGGAUUAACGAGAUUUAAAGACGGUGGGGAGUUUGGUAAGCACCGAAUUACAGAUCCGUUGUCGACCAUCAAAGGUUUGAAAGAGGCAAAAUGGAAAGCGCCGGAUCCUCCGAGGUACCGCUUGGUCCACCCGGGGUGCGGGGACGGGUAUCCAACCAUAGAAAAUUUGCACAAGUUCAUGCGUUCAAUUGUAGCUAUCGUUAAAACGCAUCCGGACUCUUGGCCGUUUAUGAGCGCGGUGAACAAAGAAGAGGUCCCGGAUUAUUACGAAGUCGUGAAAGAUCCGACGGAUAUAGAAAGCGUCUCCGAACGCUUGGAGAGCGAGAAUUAUUACGUGACGUUAGAGAUGUUCGCGGCGGAUUUCAAGAGGAUGUUUGAAAAUUGCCGCUUAUAUAAUGCCGUGGAUACGAUUUACUACAAGUGCGCGAAUCGACUGGAGUUGUUCUUCGACGCAAAAAUAGCGGCGGGGAUUACGUUCAAAGUGCGAGAAGCGGGUUCUUACUUGAAUCGAUGA